ACUUAUUAAAUAGUUGGAAAUGGUCACAGAGGAGGAAAAUAACCCUAAGCCACGUUUGAUAAUUCUCAAACUUAUUCUAGAAAACUUCAAAUCCUACGGAGGGACAGUGGAGUUGGGUCCUUUUCACAAGAAAUUCUGCUGUAUUGUGGGGCCAAAUGGAUCAGGGAAGAGCAACGUCAUCGAUGCGCUUCUAUUUGUAUUUGGAUUCAGAGCAGCCAAGAUCAGGUUGAAGAAACUGUCCAUGUUAAUUCACAACUCAGAUGAAAGCUGUCAAAAUAUUCCAUCAUGCUCUGUCGCUGUGCAUUUUGCGGAAAUAAUUGACUCUUGUGCAGAUCCAGAUGAUUUCACAAUUGUUGCUGGCUCGGAGCUCGUGAUUUCAAGGACAGCUUAUCGCGACAACUCGUCUAACUAUUACAUCAAUGCAAGCAAAAGUCAUUUUAAGGAAGUGCGGGAUCUACUGAAGAGCAAAGCGGUUGAUUUAGACCAUAACCGGUUCCUCAUUCUCCAGGGUGAAGUUGAGCAGAUAUCUCAGAUGAAGCCGAAGGGGUUGAGUGAACAUGACGAGGGACUCCUGGAGUAUCUGGAGGACAUCAUAGGCACUUACCAGUACAAGGAGCUCAUCACACUGAUAGACUCUGAACUCGGAGAGCUAGAAGAGAAGAGAAAAGACCAGAUGAAACGCGUGGCUCUAGUUGAAGGUGAAAAAAAUAGUCUGGAGAAACUGAAAGCGGAAGCAGUGGCGUUUCUGGACCUCGAAAACAGUAUUUCAUCCCUCAAGAACAAAAUCAUGCAAAAGUACAAGUCAGAGGUGUCAGCUAGCAAAACUAGGUUGGAGACCAAUUUUAACGAAUUGAAGGGCGUGUUAGACGUGAAACAGGCAUCUCAACGAGACGUGGAAAACCAAAUCAUGAAUAUCAAAAAAUCCAAAGAGGAAAAGUGCAGGGAGCUGAGAGGUGCGAAUGAGAAGGCAGAGCAGCUGCAGAGACAGUUUGCUGAGGUGGACCAGCAGGAUGUGAAGCACAGGGCAGAUGUCAAGAACGCCAGGGAGGGCAUACCCAAGCUGAAUAAGGAAACGGAGACACUGGGCAAAAAGAUUGAGGACGCGCUGAAGAGUGUGAGUGAGAAGAGAGAAGAGAUGGAGAGGCUUGAGGAGGAGCUGGAGAGUGUGGAGGGGACGAAGAAGGAGUUGGACGAGGAGUACUCGGCUGCUGUGGAGUCCAUAGACACCAGGAGUCUGCAGCAGGAGAAGCAGACCAAGAGCAAACUACUCAUCUCUAAAAACGAGACUACAAACAAGUGCAAGAGUGAAGUAGACAGAGCACAGGCGGAUCUGGACAUGUUGAACAAGACCAGAAACAGAUUGCACAAACAGUGGCAACAGGCCACGACGGCGGCCGAGAAGCUGCAGCAGGAUCUCCACGACAAGACUCAGGAGUUAGCGACUCUUCCUGAAGAUGUAGAAACACUGUCUGAAAAUGUCGAAAUCUGCCGACAAAAACUACCGAAGCUGAUUCAAGAUGAGAAGACGUUGGAGAGCCAGCUGCAAGCAGUAAGACAGGAUCUAGAAACAGCUCGCAGCUCCUUGCGAGAGAAGCAAAGCAGAGGGAAGCAACUGACUGCCCUCCUGAAAGAGAAGGAGCUGGGACACCUGUCUGGAGUUGUGGGCAGAUUGGGGGAUUUGGGUUCUAUUGCAGAGCAGUAUGAUGUGGCCAUCAGCACUGCCUGUCCCCAACUGGAUUUCAUUGUGGUUGAUAAUAUGAGUACAGCGAAACAAUGCGUUCAUUUACUCAAGCAGCGAAGUCUAGGAAUGGCUACGUUUUUGGGCCUCGACAAGAUGCACGAACAUCUACGGAAUAGUCAGAGAAGAGUUGACGUGCCUCGAGGUACUGUGCGACUGUUCGAUCAAGUGCGCAUGAAGAACCCUGAUGAGCAUGCAGGUGCCUUCUACUACGCCCUGAGGGACACUCUUGUGGCGGAGACUAUAGAAGAAGCGAGAACUGUGGCACUACAUGGCUCCCACAGGUGGCGAGUGGUCACUAAGGGGGGACAGUUGAUUGAGACGUCGGGAACUAUGAGUGGGGGAGGGUCCAGGGUGGCGAGGGGGCUCAUGUCUAAUAAGACUGGAGAGGAGUAUUCUCCAGCACAGAUAGGGAGUUGGGAAAAAGAAGAGACGCAAUUAAGAGACAGACUGCAGAGUGUGAGACAGGAGAGGGUGGAUUUGGAGGAGGGACUGCAGGGGCAGCAGCAGACACUCAAUCUGAAGCAGAACUCACUCUCACAGAUCCACCACACUAUCAAGUUGUUGAAAGACCAGCUGGUCUCCUACCAGACAAGGGUGAAGAAGACGGAGGCUGAGAUGAAGGCGGCUGAGCCAGACCCAGCAGAGGCUAAGAAGAUAGAGAGCACCAUCGCCACACUCACACAAGAAUACGAGAGAGCGGCUGCAGUGUCGUCCCACAUCAAGGAGGAAGUGGAGGAGCUGAAUGAGAAGAUACAAGGCGAGACCAACAGAGUGCUCGGUCCCAUUAAGGAGAAACAGCAGACAUGUGCGCACAAUAAGCAGGCUCUCACGUCACAAUUGACCAAAGCGAAAACUACUGUCAAGACCAGCGAAAAGAAUGUGAAGAAGAUGGAGGCGCAGAUGGAACAGAACAAGCAGGAGGUGGAGAGACUGACUGAGCUCAAGACCAAUCUCAAGUCUCUUCUCCUCCAGAGCGAGAGGGACGCCAACCACAUACUGGAGAACAUCGAAGUGUGCCAGAAAGAGCAGAAGGAGCUGGAGGGAGCGAUUGAGGGGUUCAACAGGGAGAUGGGAGACAUAAUGAAGGGACUUGACGAGGUGAAGCAGAAAAAUCUUGCAUUGCAGCACGAAUGCGACCAGCUGGCAGCCAAGAUCAAAGACAAGAACUCACAGGUCAACAGCUACACCAAGCAGAUAGCAGCAUUGCGUGUGAACACGGAAGAUUGCGCGCCCUGUGAGCUGAAAACACUCAGCGAACAAGAACUAAAUGAGGUCGAUGUUGACUCAUUGAAAGAGGAGCUAGAAUCCUUUGAGGAGAAAUUGAAAUCUAUGAAACCGAAUAUGGCCUCAAUUGAAGAUUUCAGGAAGAAGUUUGCGCAGUACAUGGAGCGAGUGGACGAGCUAGACAGGAUGACGUCAUGCCGAGACUUGAAGAAGGGGGAGGUGACUGUACUGAAGGGGAAGAGACAGAGUGAGUUCAUGAGUGGGCUGGGGGUGAUUGUGAAGAGACUGAAGGAGAUGUACCAGAUGAUCACUCUGGGAGGAGAUGCGGAGUUGGAGUUGGUCGACAGCAUGGAUCCCUUCUCCGAAGGAGUCGUCUUCAGUGUGCGUCCUCUGAAAAAGAGCUGGAAGAAUAUUUCCAACUUGUCCGGAGGAGAGAAGACAUUGAGCUCUCUGGCUCUGGUGUUCGCCCUGCACCACUACAAGCCCACGCCUUUCUACUUCAUGGACGAGAUUGACGCUGCUCUGGACUUCAAAAACGUGUCCAUCAUCGCAAACUACAUUCAGGGGCGAACUGCAGAUGCGCAGUUCAUCAUUAUUUCCCUCCGAAGCCAGAUGUUCGAGCUGUCGGACCAGUUGGUUGGCAUCUACAAAACGAACAACUCAACCAAGAGUGUGAGUCUGAACCAGAAAGCGACCAUGAGACAAAUUGAACAUGAGCAGAACGGUGAGACGCCGAUGGAACAGUGAGACAUGAAGAGGAGAGGAGAUUCAAAUGAAAGGCUUCUUUUCUUCGCUUUCAAAUCGAUUGUGUUGUCCUAUCUGAUUUGAAUCCAACUCGAUACUUGUGAUGUGUAGUUUACCAUUUUUGAUUGUUGUGCGUUGAUUUCAAUUGAUUGCUUUGUUUCUUGAUCCGAACCCUUCAGUUAUUGAGUGUCAAUGAUCGGAGUCCAGAAUUCUAUUGAGGUCGUAUGGUUUUUACUUUUUUAUUGGGGAAAAAUCUCAAAGUUUGUUCUAAUGCUGCAACAUUCAUUCGAUAGUAGCCUUCGAAUGUUCGCCAAAAGCAUUUGAACAUUCUCCGAACGUGCGUUCGGAUUUUCUGUGUUCUUGAGAGAAAAAUUGAAGAUCAAAACUUGCAUGAAAAUAUUGCCAUUUUCAUGCAGAAAAAUGUCCAUGUUCACAUGAUCUUCAGUUACUGCUGCUCACGCUUUGUUCCCGCUCAACUUUGAGUUGUCGCAGUUGGACUCUGAUUUUUCUCAAAUUCGAUUCAAUGUU